CGUCUGAUCUCGCAUCCGAAGUGAAAAGCGAGGACAACGUUUCUAGUUCAUUUCUGUCGAAAUAUUCAUAAAAGGAUCGAGAAAUAGCAUAUGUUACACAAAAUGGGAGUACAUACGAACAAAGCGUCGACACGGAGUCCAAGCAGCAGAAAGAAGAGACACAGCAGCAGUAGCAGCAGCAGUAGCAGCAGUAGUAGCAGUGAUUCCGAUUCCAGUGGGAGUGACUCCAGCUCAAGUAACAGCAGCAGUAGUAGUAGUUCCGCAGCGGAGGUUGUCCGCCACGACCGUCGUCGGAACUCCCAGGACAAUGUUGGAAGGCGUAGGAAUGAGGCAGUCGACAACAGAGGGCGCCGAUCCUCAACGGGAAGGAGGGAUAAUAAAGAAGAGGAGAAAACGGAGACGUUGAUCGCUCCAAGGAGUCCUGAAGAACCUCCGCCUGAGACCACAUCUAGAUCCCAAAGGAAGCCUCCAGCAACCACUCAAAGAUCACCCGCACAACAAGAUAAGGGGUCAACGGGUUCAGGUCAUAGGUCAGCAGAAGAGGAUGAAGAGCCUAUGGAGACUCUUAGUAUCGGGAAACCGUCUGACGAUGAGCUCUCAAUCGGUCCAGAUGAUAAGGACAUGUAUCAGGACUUGCAGGAAGAGGAAGCAAGGGAGCAGCAGAAAAAGAAAAAACCCAGCAGACCUGAAGCGUAUAACGACAGUGACGAGGAGGAAGGCCAAUCAGAUAGCGAUGAUAGCUACUCCUGGCGUACAGACCGGGUCAAGUCCGUCUUACAAAGCCGCAUCCAUAAGCCCGACGAAGGAAGACAACGACAUCGAUCCGCAUCCUAUGAGAGAGAGGACUUUGAAGCGGGGGGCAUGAAGAGUAUUGUGGGCACAACCAUCAAGAGAACAGCCGGUCACGACUCGGCUGAGAGCGGGGAGAUUACUGGAAGCGAUGAUGAGGAGUCUGAGAGCGAGAAACAGAAGGAAAGUAGCAGAGGCAAGAGAGAGAAAGAGGAGGCUCCAGAACGCUCCAGGCGUCGACGCGCCGAAGAUGGUAAAAGAACCCACGAUGCAGAGCAUGAGCGGAGAGGUCGUGGGAGCAAAGGUCCACUAGACAGAGACGAGGAGCAGGAGUACCGUGAUGCUGAGCGGAACUUCCGUAAGAGACGUUUCCACCGGACGCAGGAGGAGUCUCGACACAGACGGGAUGAGGGUCCGAGAGAGCCAAUGAGAGAACAGAGAGAGCAGAGACGCCCUGAGCGAGCGGAGAAGCCCGAGCCAGAGAAGGAGCAGCCCCCAGAGAAGAGAAAGCGGAAAGAAACGGUGGACACGCCCCUUCAGAGCAAGACAGGCGGAGCCUACAUACCCCCGGCCAAGCUCAAGCUGAUGCAAGCACAGAUAUCGGAUAAAUCUAGUCUUGCAUACCAGCGGUUGGCAUGGGAAGCCCUGAAGAAGAGUAUUAACGGCUUGAUCAACAAGACUAACGUUUCCAACAUCGGCAACAUUGUCCAAGAACUGCUGCAGCUGAAUAUCGUCAGAGGAAGGGGUUUGUUGACUCGCUCCAUCAUUCAAGCGCAGACAGCCUCUCCGACGUUCACUAAUGUGUAUGCAGCUCUUGUUGCAAUCAUCAACUGCAAGUUUCCCCAGAAUGGUGAGCUAGUUCUCCGUCGCCUCAUCAUCAAUUUCAAGAAGGGAUUCCGUCGUAAUGACAAGACUAUGUGCCUGUCGUCAACACGCUUCAUUGCUCAUUUGGUCAACCAGCAAGUAGCCCAUGAAGUGAUCGCUCUGGAGAUCUUAACCCUGCUCCUUGAGAAUCCCACUGAUGAUAGCGUCGAGGUCGUAGUUGGAUUCCUCAAGGAAUGCGGCCUCAAAUUGUCGGAGGUCACACCAAGAGGCGUUCACGCGAUUUUUGAGCGUCUGCGUAACAUCCUCCACGAAGCCCAGAUUGAACAGCGUGUCCAGUACAUGGUGGAAGUCAUCUUCGCUAAUCGUAAAGAUGGAUUCAAAGACUUCCCUGCCAUCAAGGAGGGUCUUGAUCUUGUUGAAGAGUCUGAGCAGUACACCCAUCUCCUGACGCUUGAAGAUAAUUACGAACCCGAAGAUCUACUGAACAUCUUCAAGGAGGAUCCAGAGUACCUGGACAAUGAGGAGAAAUAUAAAGGGAUCCGUAAGGAGAUUCUUGGAGAGGAGAGCGACGCCUCGGGAUCAGACUCUGACGGAGACGAUGAAUCGGAAAGCGACGACGAAGAGUCGGACACUGAAGCACAAGAAGCAGCAAAGAUGGAGAUCAUAGACACCACAGAGACCAACAUGAUAGCGUUGCGUCGUACGAUCUACCUGACUAUCCAGUCUAGUCUGGACUUUGAAGAAUGCGCUCAUAAGAUGCUCAAGAUGGAAUUCAAACCAGGGCAGGAGAAAGAGGUUUGCUUGAUGAUUCUCGACUGUUGUGCCCAACAGAGGACCUACGAGAAAUUCUUCGGUCUUCUAGCUCAGAGGUUCUGCCAGCUGAAGCGUGAGUACGUCGCGCAGUACGAGGCAAUAUUUCCAGAGCAGUACGAGACGUGUCAUCGUUUGGACACCAACAAGCUCCGUAACGUCGCUAAAUUCUUCUCCCAUCUACUCCAUACCGAUGCCAUAUCCUGGACGGUUCUUGCUGCAGUCAAGAUGAACGAAGAAGACACAACCUCCUCCAGUCGUAUCUUCAUUAAGAUCCUCUUCCAGGAGUUAUCCGAAUACAUGGGAUUACCCAAGAUGAACACUCGGCUGAGAGACCCGACUUUGCAGCCGUACUUUGAAGGCUUGAUGCCGAGGGACAACCCAGCCAACACAAGAUUCUCUAUUAACUUUUUCACCACCAUCGGACUCGGUGGUCUCACGGAUGACUUACGAGACCAUCUGAAGAACUACCAGCGAGUGAUAAUGCAGCAGCAACGUCCAGUACAGAGUGAUACCAGCUCUGGGAGUGGCAGCAGCAUCUCCAGUGACUCUGACGAUUCCUCCAGCUCAAGCGAUUCAAGCAGUAGCAGUGAUUCCAGUGACAGCAGUAGCUCAGAGAGUGAGGAUAAACACCCAAAAAGGAGAAAAUCUGCACCGCAGAAACACGACAAGAAAGAGAAACCUGUGCGCAAUCGUGCGGCUCAACUCGUCGAGAAACCUGACCGACACAAUAGACGGCAGAGUGAAAGCAUCGACCAUAGAGAACAGAUCCAAAACAGAAGUGACCGUCAAGAAGACAGUCGGCGAGAUAGACCAAACAACGUCGCAUACAGACGGACUCGUGAUGAUAGUGAAGAUGAGCAAACUGUACACCGUAAUGACCGGCCUAAAGACAGACGACGUGAGGUGCAGAAUUCCAUCCCAAACCGUAAGACUCGAGAUAAUAGCGAUGAUGAAGAUGAGCGUGCUGUACGCCGGAAUGACCGUCCCAAAGACAGACGGCGUGAGGAGCAGAAUUUUGUGCAAAACCGAAAGACUCAAGAGGAAAGCGACCUAAAAGACAGGCGACAUGAGGUGCAGAGUGCCAUCCAGAGUAGACGAAAUCGCAGAGAUAGCGAUGGUCAGGAUGAGCCUGCCGAACGCCAUAAUGAACGUCCAAACAGAAGGCGCGAGGUGCAGAAUUCCGUCCCAAGCAGACGAAAUCGUGACAAUAGCGAUAGUGAGGAUGGUCGUGCUGUGCAUCGUAAAGAUCCUCCCAGAGACAGACGAGGUGUGGUGCAGAAUUUAGUCCCAAGCAGGCGAAAUCGCAACGGUAGCAAUGGUGAGGAUGGUCACGCUGUUCGUCGUAAUGACCCCCCCAGAGACAAACGGCGAGAGGUACAGAAUUCAGUCCCAAGCAGACGAAAUCGAGGUAAUAGCGAUGGCGAAGAUGAUCGGGCUGUACGGCGUAACGACCGUCCCAAAGACAGACGGGGUGAAGUACAGAAUUCUCUCCCAAGGAGACGAACAAGAGAUAACAGCGAUAGCGAUAGUGAUAGUGAAAGCGACAGUAGUAGUGGUAGUGAAAGUGGUAGUAGUAGUAGUAGUAGUGAUGAAAGCUCUCCGGUCCGCAGAAAUGACCGUCCAAAUGAAAGACAACGUAGCACACAGAACUCUAUCCCUAACAGACGAACAAGAGAUGACAACGAUAGUAAAGACCGUACGAAAGACAGACGCCGUGAGGUGCAGAAUCCUAUUCCAAACAGACGACCACAAACUGAGAGUGACAGCGAUAGCGAAGAGUCUCCUGUGCGUCAGCGUUACGAUGAAGAUCGUGAUUUACCCCGAAAUGGUCGAAAAGAAUUGGACAAACCCCCUAGGAGAGACUACGAUAAGUCACCCCCAAGGUCAGACAAAAAGUCAGGUCGAAGCGACCGCCCUGAAAUCAGACGCGAACAGAGCAGACGCCAGCGAUCCGAUGAAAUUGAAGAUAAAGAGAAUCAGCGGGAUCGAGAUGGUCGAGAUGCGAGACAAUCCAACAAAAGAUCCGAUUUCAGAGAGGAUGCGUCCGUCGAGAGGCGAAGCUCACGGAAGGAGAGGGACUAUGCGCAGAGAGACUCAAGAGACUCGUCCAGCAUUGAGAGGGAAGGAAGUAAAUAUCGCAGACGCCAGUACAGCCGCUCACCAGACGAGAGAGUCCGACGUGAACAAGUUAGGGAGAGGCGCUGAGCCAUGACACGCUCGACAGCUUAUAGGCACUGGACACUAUUGGUAAUUACUCAGACUAAAAACUUUCUUGGUAACAAGCAAUGGAGAGCUG